AUGAACACCACCACAACCACCACCGUCGACGGCGACCUCACCACCACCGUCAACAACGAGCUCACCACUGUCAUCACCGUCGACGACAGAUUUCAGAUCUGGAACAAUCGUUACCUCUUCUCCGUUGCAUCUCCGGUGUUCCGUCGACAUCUCCUUCCACCGGUGAACUAUCGUCUUCAGAUAUCUGAAGUGUUCGGGUCUAGAUCUACAAUCUUUGAUGAUUGCCUCUCCUCUAUAGCUACUCUGGUGAACUGA